UUCUAAAGGUUUGGAAACUCUGAGGGUUCAAGCAACCCACAAGCCAGGCUUCGCCCUGGAGGCCACAAGCCUCGCUGAGGGCUCUGCGGAGGGGGAAGGCAGUGGGAGCUCACCCCCACUCGAGUCACCGCCACUCAUUGUGGAGGAGCCGAGCUUCGCCACGGUGGACCUGUGCCAAGAUGGAGAAGACAUCUGUCUGACUGCACCUGAGGGAGCAACACCGGAGACAUUCAGCCAGGACACAAACUGUGAAGACAUGAAAAGGACAGAUGAGAGAUUGCCAUUCCAGAUCUUCCCUGACCCUGUUGAGAUCAUCCUGGGUCCAGACACGUCCUUGAGCAGCCCGGAGCAGGAACUUGGGAGAGAACGUCUCCCCUCCAUUGUGGUGGAGCCCACGGAGGUGAGCGAGGUGGAGAGCGGGGAGCUGCGCUGGCCUCCGGAGAACUUGGACCUGGAUGACGAUGACGAGGACCUGUUCUUGGAGCAGUGCAUACCCCCGGCUAAUAUUGCAGAGUGGGGAGAGGAGGAAGAAGAGGAGGAGGAGGGGGAGGAGGAAACGUCAGUUAUACUGAACCAGCACCAAGGCUUGACGCUCAUUGACCUUCAGUCGGACGCAUUUCGAGACGACACCCCCACACUUCCACCGAGCAGCACUUCAGCCUUCAACUGACUCAACUGCUGACUGAGCUGCACCUCGGAUGACUCAAGAGGAAGCAUCCUCAUCAAGUUUGAGAAGAAAACGUAGCAAAUUUAGCAACCGAGAUUAGGCAAAGUGUGACCUAAAACAAAAUGUUAAUACAAACACUACACAAGUGUUAUACACUGAUACACAAACGCACAUGGCAACUGUUGCCAACUGUGAAUUCAUGCUCUAAGCUGUAUUACAGUGAGUGAAGGCAAACACAUUCUCACACACACUUAAGUCACAGCUCACUGACGUUGGGAAUAAUUGAGCAAUAUAAUGUCUUUGCUGUGUGUUUCUUUCUGAACUUGUGGGAAACCUUUUGCUGACAUUGUGGCUUUGUGUUUCAUUUCCCUAGUUGUUUCCUAAUUUUAAAGGGCUCACAGAUGACAUUAAGAUGACAUCCGAGCAUGUCAACAAACUGUCUUCAUCUUUUGCUCAUUAUCUAUGCGUCAUCUCUGAUUCAGACCGAACCCAGUAACUAAAUGUCUUCAUUUGCUUCAAGAUCAGCAUUUUACCCCAUUUAUUGGCUGUUCCUAGAAUCAACCCACGUUGUUUUAGAUUUUUCUUGAUUUUUUUUUUUUUUUUUAAGAUGUCAUUUUUAAUCACAAGGCGGACGACUCAUCAUGCAUCAUGGGAAUGACAAAUGAUGACUGAUACUUGAAUAUUUGACCCAAAAGAGGCACUGUAAUGCUUAUUUCGUAAAAAAAGAAGGGCAGCUCUAUUUAUUUUUCGUCACGCAAGUAAGACUGAUAAAAAUGUGUAGUAAUACAGUAUUUUGUGAGUAGCCUGAUUUGUGAAGAAUUUAUAUAAAUGGAAAAAGUUGUUGUGUUAUUAUAAAAUGAUUAUUAAAAUAAAUAAAUGAAUAAAGUC